CUUCGACAGUCCAACACGAACAUCCGUAGAUUACGUACACCAUUUACUUAUGUGAGAUAGAAAUCGUGAAGCAUAGAUGUGUAGCAUAAUUUAAAUAUUUUGUGGCGCUUUAUAUGUCGGAUACUAUUGAAUUUAUAAACCUUUCGUAAGAACAUGAAACAGAGAUCCAUGUUGCUCAAAACAAGAUGAGCGAUCCAACGUAUCACAUCGUGUGCAUUCGUCGAGUGGAGAAACCCAAGUUUGAAAUGUGCAUAUUUUGUGUAUAGACAUCAAACAUGGAAACGAAUAUCUUCCGAUUACGUUUCCUUACUACUAUUGUGGCCGUAGUGCAUUACGGGAGUAUUGCUGGUGAUCCAGGUAGUGAGUGGCACAAUGUCAACAAUGGAUAUACAUAUCUAAGAGAUUUACCACUGUCUCAACUUUUGAAGCUGCAAAAAUCGGUUUGUGACAUAUCGCAAAACAUAAUCAGUUCGAAUAAUAUUUCUCUAUCCGCGUUCGAGAAACGAAAAGGACUUGUGGAAGAUGCCGAAAAUGAACAACAUAAAAUAAUAACAGCAUUACCACUUACUAAUGAAUUUAGCGGGAGAAGCGCUGUAGAAGCAUGGGACUCAAGACCUAGUAAAAUUCAAUCAAUAUUUCAAAUAAGUGUAACUGCCCUAUCAUUUUUGGCAUUUGCCAGCUAUUUACUGUGUAUGAUUGUUCAAGCAAUCAAAAGUAAAGUUAUAACAAUUAUUUCCAGGGACCACCUACUUCCAUCCAACAAUAACAUCUAGUGCAACUUUAUCGACAGCAGUUAAAAAGCGAAGACCGUUAGGCAGAAGAAGGCGCAAUGUAGGAAAUGUGACUACAACCAUCAUUGCAGACGAACUAGCUGUUAACCCUGACCCAGAACAGAUAUACUCAUCCUUAAUAACAAUUUCUGAAGCUUUCGUCAAAUUCAGUUCAAUCGAUAAAUAGCAAUAAACAUAUCUUACCGAGUUGGGUCGUACAUCUGA